GCCGGGGGCUGCAGCCCCGGCGCUCCGGGAGCUGCUGUCCGAGGGAAGGCGGGCGGCUACAGCAGAGCGGAGCAGGCAGCACCGGCUGCCGGGGACUGGCGGAGUAUUUGGAUGGAGUCUCAGUAUCUGAAGCAAUGCCUGGGAAAUUGUUUGAAGAAGGGACUGGCAGAGGUUGUAGAGCAUCGGCCAGCAGAUCCAAUAGAGUAUCUUGCACACUGGAUUUACAAUUACAGAAGAAACUUAGAUGAAGAAAAAAAGAGAAUGCUGGAGAGAGCUGAGAUAGAGCAAGAACGGGAGGCAGCCCUAGCAGAACUUGAAAGGUUAAAAAUCCAGGAAGAAGAGCAGCGGAAACUUGAAGAACAACGUCAGGCUCAAUUGGAGAAAGAACUUGCAGAGUUGGAAGCACAGAAAAAAGAAGCUGAAAUGCAGUUGCAGCAGGAAGAUCAAGAGGAAAAUGAAGACACAAUAGCUGAAGGAACAGAUAGAUCUGGAACACCUACUUCACCCAAAGCUGAGGAGCCAGAUGAGAGUGAACCCAGUCAAACAGAUCUUCCAACAGUAGUAGAAGAAGAAGAAGAAGAAGAAGAAGAAGAAGAAGAAGAAAGUUAGAACUGACCUGAGAGCAGUAAAUAUAUUUUCUACUCCUUACUUGGUAUCCUGAAGUGUAGUAUCUUGAUUUAUGUAUUUUAUAAAUAUAACUGAUAUAUGUAACUGUUUCUCUGGUGUAUGUUUUUGAGGUGUUUGUAUAAAGUCUGUUAUUUCUGACACUGCUUCUUAAUUUUUAUUCUUAAAGCAUAAAGUAGCUAGCAUGGCUGACUUGCAGGAAGAAAACUGCAGCUGAAGUGAAAGCAGUAAAUAUAUUUUCUGCUUAUUGCAUACUGAAGUAACUAUAAUAAAUAAAAAUAUAACUAAAAUGUCAAUAUAAUUUGAAGAUAGAUACUGCAAUAUGAUAAUCUGAAUCAGUAUUCAAAUAAUAAAAUAUUACUGAAAAUUAUUUUCCAAUAAUUUGAAUGGUUUCUGACAGAAAAAGGGAAUGCUCUGCAGAUUAAAAGAUGGAGAGAGUAUUCUGGACAUCAAACUUGAUGCAAAAAUCCAAUCAGAUUUCCGAAAUAUAUUUGAAAGAGGUAAAUUUAACUCUGACUCAGUAUAUACUAGAAGAUCUUGUCUCAUAGAAGUCAUUAGAUGAUCUUUGUAACAUGAUAUGUUUGCUCUAGGCUUUAUUAUUGGAUAAAUAUAUUUAUUAUUAGAACCUUUUCUUGGUGUUGCAUAGUGCUAGGUAAGCUGAAAAAGAACUUGAUUAGUCAAGUUCUUAAGACUUUUCUGCAUUUUUCUUGAAUUUAUAAAUCAAUAAAUUAAAUGUGUUCUCUACUAAAUACCAUUAUUAUUUCCAAAACUUCCCUUCUAAAAAUUCAGAAAAAUAUUUAGCUUGAUCCAUGGUUAUCUAUAAAAAUAAGUUUUCUAAUCCUUAAAGAUAGCAUUUUUACAAGAACAGAUUUUUGUACUUACUGGUAUCUUGGUGUAGGUUGUCCAGAAUGUUCUGUCCCUUCAUUAUAAAUGGAAAAAACACCAGCAUUAAGAAAUCCUGCUGUUCUUCAAUAAAAUGUGCCUUUGCAUCCCUGUCUUCUACUACAGGUUAGCUGAUUGUGGCCAAUGCUGUGCAAUGAAAAUAUCUUUCAUUACAAAAUCUGUGCAUAGUUAAUGCAUUCACUGCAUUCUUCAGUGUUGGUAUGAAAGAUUUUUCUGAUAAUUUCAUUUCGUUUUUUAAUAGUAUUGCUGAGUCUAAGGGUUUUGCUAUCAUUGGCAAACUAUUAAAAAUAACUAUACACCUAUAACAGACAAAGGUCAAUCACAUAAUAACUGUUUGCCUGCUCUGAAUAACUUGUUUUGAUCACGUAGAUCAGACUAAGAAUAAUCUUAGAAAAUUUUAAAAACAUGAGCACUAUUGAUUUUUAUAUAUUAAUGUAUUAUUUUUCCCUUAAAGAUAAAAUACCUCUAUUAAAAAAUCUUGUGCCCAUCUUAUUGCUACACUGCUUUUUGAAUACUGUUAAUAGCGAUGUCUUACAUGAGCAUCCUUAAAGUCAAAAGAGGAAAAUGUCAUUUACCAGAUAUAAAUACUUAGAAAUGUUUAUGUAACUGUUGGAGUAAUGAAAAGUGGAACUAUUUUUUGUGUCUAA